GCGUGGCCGGGCCGACCGCGGCCCAGCGCCGGUGACUUGGCGCGGCCGGCUGAGCGGCGCGGGGUGUGGAGUGCUCGCGCCGGGGACCGCGGCGCAGCGGCGGGAAGACGCCCGGAGCUCUCCGGCAGCGGGGAUGCGGAUCGGUUUGGGGCCCGAAAACGAAAGGAGAAAUCGGAAGUGACGUCGGGUCCAAACAAGCCGGGCCGGGGGGCCUGCAGUGAGUCUGCGGCGGCAGAUGGAAAGGCCCGCCUUGCCGUGGGCCGUCGAGGGUGGUCGCGAGGCCCAGCGCUCCCGCCCGGCCAGCCCCCAGCCCGGGUCCCCGGGACCCGCCCGCCGCGGGACAGCCCAGGAUUAGGAGGACCCGGGGGCUCCCGUCGUGAGCAUCCACUGGGGACUAGCACAGUUGCGCACUUUUUCUCGUGAGGCGCUCCCCCUUCAUCCCUGGGCUCCGACACACCGAGGUUUUUUAACAUCCAAAUUCCAAGAAUAUACUGGAUACCAGUCUUAUAAAACUAAGAGGAAAUCAUCAAGAAAUGUUUUAAUUAUUGAAACUACGGUUGAAAUCAUGGCUACAUCAGCAAAUCUGGAUGUUGGAGCCCGGCUGAUAGUGGAGGAAUGUCCCGCCAGUUACAAUCUAACUGGCGUGCCAGACGUCAAAAGAGAACAGCCGCUGGAUGCGAGUGCAGAAGAAGGAUCCGCGCAGGGUGUUGCCAUGGGAAUGAAGUUUAUAUUGCCUAACCGAUUCGAUAUGAACGUGUGUUCUCGAUUCGUGAAGUCCUUAAACGAGGAGGAUAGUAAAAAUAUUCAAGAUCAGGUUAACUCUGACCUGGAGGUGGCAUCUGUCCUCUUUAAAGCUGAGUGCAAUAUCCACACGUCUCCUUCUCCGGGAAUCCAAGUGAGGCACGUCUACACUCCCUCCACAACCAAGCACUUCUCCCCCAUCAAACAGUCGACUACUUUAACCAACAAACACAGAGGAAACGAGGUCUCCACCACUCCUCUGUUAGCAAAUUCUUUAUCUGUUCACCAGUUGGCUGCUCAGGGAGAGAUGCUCUACCUGGCUACCCGUAUUGAGCAAGAAAAUGUUAUCAAUCAUACGGAUGAAGAAGGGUUUACUCCUCUGAUGUGGGCCGCAGCACACGGGCAGAUAGCUGUGGUGGAGUUUCUGCUUCAGAAUGGUGCCGAUCCGCAGCUUUUAGGAAAAGGUCGAGAAAGUGCACUGUCCCUGGCCUGCAGUAAAGGCUACACAGAUAUUGUCAAAAUGCUGCUUGACUGUGGAGUUGAUGUCAAUGAAUACGAUUGGAAUGGAGGGACCCCUUUGCUUUAUGCUGUACAUGGAAAUCAUGUGAAAUGUGUAAAAAUGCUGUUAGAAAAUGGAGCUGACCCAACAAUUGAAACCGACUCCGGAUAUAAUUCUAUGGAUUUAGCUGUCGCCUUGGGCUACAGAAGUGUUCAACAGGUUAUUGAGUCACAUUUAUUGAAGCUGCUUCAAAACAUCAAGGAGUAGACGUCAUCGUCAGGAAGCGUUUACCUGCCCUGCGUUUACUUUGGGGCCCUUAUAAAUGAUAGUUUUGUUUACUUAUAAAUUUUUACCUCAGUUGCAAUAUUUACUGAUUUUUAGUAAGUUUUAAUAAAUAUUCUUCUGAGUAAUUCACUGGUUUAUAAUAAAGUUAAUGUUGAUGCUUUUUAUAUAAAUGUGUUUUACUGCAUAUUUAAAAUCAUAAAUUAAUGUUUUGUGGCGUGUAAAUUGUUACGGUACAGACACUCAUCUGUCUUUGUAUCAAGUGCUGUAAUUUAACACGUUCAGAAAUUAUUCUGCCCUAUUCAUCUUGACUCUUGUAUCAACUCCUUGACUUUAUAUGGGGUUUGCUAUAAAUCCAUAGGAGAAAAGAUUGUUAUUGUUGAAUUAAAAAAUGCACAGUGUGAUUGUUUACAAAAUGAUAUAAUAAAUAAAGUACUUUUUCUGUUAGUGUG